UUCCGGUUUUAAAUGAGGGAAAAACGAAAUCACGACGGUGUUCCAUUCCACACGUGACAAACGCAACAGAGAUGGAAGUGGCAUCUGAAGGAACAGAGAAGAAACCAAGAAAGAGGAUGAAGUCUCUCUACAAUAACAUAAGAGAUCAGGUUGAAUUUUACUUCAGUGAUUCAAAUUUACAUCGGGACAGAUUUAUGAAGAAAGUGAUAGCUGAAAGUGAAGAUGGAUAUAUUGACAUUGGAGUAUUCUUGAACUUUAACAAGAUCAAAGUUUUGACUACUGAUGUUGGUGCACUACAAAAGGCCCUCAAGUCCUCCAGCAAGUUACAGGUAUGUGUAUACAUAGCAACUCCAGCAAGUUAUAG